AUGGCGUCCAAUGACGCUACCAUAGACAUCCCUCUUGAAGCUGUCAGCCGCAACGCCUCUGCCCGCAACAACAGCACCUCUCCCAUCAACAUGGAGAACAACGAAAAGGCCGAGCACGGCCAGACCAUUGCCGGUCGCCGUAAGAUGAAGACCGCCGAAACCACCCAGAACAUGGGCGAGGGAACCGGCCAUGUCGGCUACGAUGGCGAGGAAGACACCAUCACUCGCGUCGGCAAGAUAUACUACAAGAUCCUCAACUUCAGCAUCAUCACUCGUUACUUUAUUUACGUCACUCCCUUGGCUCUUGCCAUUGCUGUUCCCAUCAUUGUCGGUGCCACCGCCGCCAAGGAUGCCGACAUUGGUGGUGUGCGUAUCGUCUGGUUCUUCACCUGGAUCGAAAUCAUUUGGCUUUCCAUCUGGGUCUCGAAAAUCGUCGCCCAUUUCAUCCCCCGGAUCUUCCUGACACUAGCUGGCGUGAUCAGCUCCGGCGUCCGCAAGUAUGCUCUUGUCAUCAAGGCUCUCGAAUUCCCUCUGUCCAUUGUUGGCUGGGCCGUUACAGCUCUGGCCACCUUCAUCCCGCUCAUGACCCGCAACCCCGACACUCAGCGCGCGGCAGACGCCCAAACGGCGGCUAACCUGCCCCGCACUGCUGACAGCGUCAAGGAGUGGCAGUCGGUGGUGAGGCAUCUGCUCGCUGCUGCUACAGUGUCAGCCUGCGUGUUGCUCCUCGAGAAGUUCAUCAUCCAGCUCAUCAGCAUCAACUACCACCGCAAGCAGUUCAACUCGAGAAUCAAGGAGAACAAGCGUAGCGUCUUCCUCCUUGGUCUGCUCUACGAUGCUUCCCGCUCCCUCUUCCCGUCCUAUUGCCCGGAGUUCCAGGACGAGGACUACAUCAUCAGUGACAUUCUGAACCUCAGCUUUGGAAUCAAGAAGAAGGGUCACGGCCGGUCUGGAUCGGCUACGCCCAUGAGAAUCCUGCAGGAUGUCGGUCGUGUUGGUGACAAGAUUACUUCUGCAUUUGGUAACAUCGCCUCGGAGCUUACUGGCAAGCAAGUCUUCAACACUGACUCUGCACACUCUAUUGUCACAUUGGCACUCGACAGGACCAAGUCCUCUGAGGCUCUUGCCAGACGUCUCUGGAUGUCCUUUGUCGUCGAAGGCAAGGAUGCUCUGUACGUCGAAGAUAUCGUCGAGGUCCUUGGUCGGGGCCACGAGGAGGAGGCCGAGGAGGCCUUCAGGGCCCUUGACAGGGAUGGCAACGGCGAUAUCAGUCUGGAGGAGAUGAUUCUCGUCGUCUCUGAAAUCGGUCGCGCUCGUAAAUCCGUCAACACUAGCAUGCACGAUAUCGACCAGGCCAUCAACGUCCUUGAUGGCUUGCUCUGUGUUAUUGUCUUUGUUGCUGCUAUUUUCAUCUUCAUCUCUUUCCUGAACUCCAGCUUUGUUACUACGCUCGCGACUGCUGGCACGGCGCUUCUGUCUCUUUCCUUCGUCUUCUCCGUUACCUGUCAAGAGGUGCUGGGUUCUUGCAUUUUCGUCUUCGUCAAGCACCCGUACGAUGUCGGUGACAGGGUUGAUCUUACCACCGGUACCGACCAGCUCAUCGUGGAGCAUAUUUCGCUUCUGUUCACCGUCUUCAAGCGUGUGACCAACGGCAGGACUGUCCAGAUCCCCAACAACAUCCUCAACAGCUUGUGGAUUGAGAACACGAGCCGCUCUCUCGCCAUGAGGGAACAGAUUCCCGUCUACAUCGACUUUGGCACUUCUUUCGAAGACAUCCAGGCUUUGAAGGGGGAGAUGGAGAACUUCGUUCGCGACAAGGAGAACAGCCGCGACUUCUUCCCCGAAGUCGAAAUCGAGGUGCGCAGCAUCGCGAGCAUGGACAAGCUCGAGCUCAACCUGGAAGUCCGCCACAAGAGUAACUGGGGCAACGAGUCGCUGCGCGUCCUGCGUCGCUCCAAGCUCAUGUGCGCCCUGGUGCAAUCGAUCCGCAAGGUUCCCAUUGCCGGGCCCGGAGGCAGCGACGCCGCCCUGGGCGACGUGGGCAAGCCUUCGUACUCUGUGUCGAUUUCGGCAUCUGAGGCGCAGGAACGGCGCGAAGCCUUCCUCGCCGCCGCGGACGCAGCACGCCUGCACCCGGCCAAGAAGGCGGAAAUGGAGGCCGACGAGGCGCGCUCCUCGGGCGUCGAGUACCUAGGCAGCGGAAUGAACACGGAAAACCAAGCCAUUAACAUGCUGGUGCGCCAGCGGUCACUCGCCCACGACGAGCACCGCGACGGGGUCUGGAGCGCGCGCGACGACGCGUCCAGCAUUGGCGGCCGGCCCAGCAUGGACAUCCAGGACCGGCAGAACAUUGAGAACGCGCUGCGGCACGAGCCGUCGAAGGGCGGGAAGCGCAAGGCGGGCGUCAGCAGCCCUUUGAGCGCGGGCUUGGGCGUGCCGACGAUUUCGGAACCGGCCGGCCAGUACGGCGGCGCCCAGUACUAUGACUAUGCGCAGCAGCAGCAGCAGCCGCAGCGCCAGCUCUCGGUCCAGUCGGCCAGCAGUCGCUCCGAUGUCCAUUAUGCGGGUAUGAGCCCUGUUAGCCAGCAGUUCUCGUACUCGACGAGCCCGCAGGGCUAUGGGACGCAGGCGCAGCAGUGGGCCCAGCAGCAUCAGCAGAUGCAGGGUGCUGGUGGUGCUCAGCAGCAGCAGCCUCCUCAGCAGCCUCAACAACCUCAGCCCCCGCAGCAGCAGCAGAGGUCGAAUAACCCGUACACGAGGUCGGCUACUAAGGAGGAGUAG